AUGACCGUCUCCGACAAAUACUCUCUCGCUGUUCUCAUCAUCUUCAUCACCAUAUCAAUCCCAACAGCAUUCGUCACCUAUAAACAUGGCACACGAGGAUGGGCGCUUUUGGGUUGGGGUUACCUACUCGUCUUUUGCAGUCUGAAAAUCAUCGGCUCUGGCCUGGCCCUGAGUGACACUCCCAGCUCUGGCGCGUCCAUUGUGUCAAGCAUCGGGUUGUCGCCUUUGCUGCUGGCGUUAUCUGGCGUUCUUCAUGAAGCGAAAUUCUACCACGCCGAUCCCGAGAAGCGCAACGCCAACCGCAGGACAGACCUCCUUUUCGUCCUCAAAUAUCACACUUUCACCAUGCUCGGUGUUGUCCUCGUCGCCGUCGGAAUGUCAAGAAUCAUGGGCAAUGCCUCGCAGGAGACCGUCUCCAAGGGCUGGACCAUCGCCAUCGUCGGCGCCGUCAUUCUCUUCCUCAGCUGGGUUAUUCUCCUCGCUGCGGCAGGCUUUUCCGUCUUCCUGGGUGGUCUUAGUUCCGAUGGUCGAUCCAAACAGCAGAGAGCGGCCACGAUGCUGCUCGUUGCUGUGCUGGCUGCGCUUCCCUUCGUGGGCGUCAGGGUCAUUGCGACGCUGGCUUACCUCGCGACGAAGAACAGCUCCAUCGGCGCUGCAACAGGCUCGGUCGUCGCCAAGGUCUGGCUGUAUCUCUUCGAGGAGCUGGCCGCCACGCUCAUUCUUGUGAUCAACGGCAUCUUGACGAUGAACAUCUCGAAACUGUCGAACAACGCGGAUGGUGGAAGCUAUGAAAGACAGCAGAUGGAUGUGGAGCAGCCAUUUGAGCGGAAAUGA